GCUCUAGUAGUCGCCGCCACCGACGCUCUCCUGCUUCAGCUCACUAGGCCAAACCGCAUUCAAGGAUAUCCAGAUACACACACCGCUAGUAUUCUGCUUUGCUGCUGACGAUGGCAGCAACGAACGGAAUCCACUCACCAUCGCCUCCCGCGGCCGGCCGCUCCAUUGACAUUGAACUUGGGAGCCACGAAGUCAUUACCAUUGAACUCGACAGCCUAGACCCCAACCCAGAUGAUCUGUUGGACGUGCUCAGGGAAGGACAAUGCAAGUCUUGGAUAUGGACACGACUGGCCGCAGAAUACUGGCGGCGAGGCUACCUUGACGCAGCGGAGAAGAUUGCCCAGACUGCGAUAACUUCAUUGAACGCAAAUGGAGCUGGCUCGACAUUACCGCCAAUUUACGUUCUAUUGGCGAACAUCCGAAUAGCGCGCGCGAGCACGGCUCCGAAACUCAUCCUGCAGGAUGCCCGAGAGGAUACUAUGACCUCGGAGAAGCCGAGGGACGAAUAUUACAAAGAUGCAGCGCAAUACUUCAAUUCGGGGGAGAAGGCGGCGGCAGAAUCAGGGGAUAUCGGCACUAUGUUGUCGAUACUGACAAGAGGCGUAUUGCAGAUGGGCACGCGGGCGAUGGAUGAUUCAAUGCGGUCAUUUGAGGGGGUUCUAGAAGAUAAACCGACAAAUCUGGUCGCGUUAUUAGGCAAAGCGAAGAUUCUAUAUGCACGACGACAGUUUCCCCAAUCACUGAAGUUGUUCCAGACAGUCUUGAAGCUGAGCCCUCACUGUCUGCCUGACCCACGUAUAGGUAUCGGGCUCUGCUGCUGGGCAAUGGGCCAUAAGGAUGUGGCGAAGGCGGCUUGGCAGCGGAGUGUCGAAGUGAACCCAACAGAGUGGUCGGCGCAACUCCUGUUAGGUCUGGAAGCCAUCAACGCUAGUGCAAAUGAGAAUCAGACGCAGGAGGAGCGCAAAAACGAGAUCGUUCUCGGCACCCGCUACGUUGAACGGGCAUUCAAAGCGAACAACCGUAACUCAGCCGCAGCAAAUGCACUUUGUCAACUGCUUCUACAGAAGGGACAGUACAAGAAGGCUCUGAAAUUGGCAGAGCGGACAAUCCAAUUCACGGAUGUCAAGACAAUCUUGACAGACGGUUAUAUUCGUGCAGGCCGUGUAUCUCACGCCAUGGGUGCAAGCACCGAAGCAAUCAAGUAUUUUAUGAAGGCAAAGGAAGGACAGCCAACCAAUCUUUUGGCUACGAUAGGCCUUGCUCAGAUGCAACUGAAGAAUGAUGAACCUGUUGGAGCUAUACACACACUGGAUGGCUUGCUGCAGCAGACACACGGCGGGCAACGUCCUAUCGAAGCCAUCGUCAUGCUGGCAUCUCUUCGGGCGAAUCCUGCAGUCUCACGCCCGGGCAUGUCCGCCACAGAGCAGGUUCAGGAAAGAGCGAAGGCGCGCGAGCUCUUCGACCAGGCUUGCAAGGUUCUCGCGCUUCCCGAGAAUACUUACGCGCAAAACGGUGGCCACCCAUCGGUUAUCGGCCGCUCUGCGCGGAGGAUCGCGGAGGACAUCGAUAUGCACGCCGAGAUUGCGCGCCUAUGGCAAGGCGAUAGCAAUGAACGCAUGGAACGGGCAUUGAAGGAAGCGUUGCGGAUAAGCGACGCCAGUGGCCGGACUGACCCGCGGCUCGUCAACGACCUUGGUGUCCUGCAGUAUCUGGAGGGGCAUCUGGAUGCUGCGAGGGCAAUGUACGAAACUGCAAUCACUCAGGCAUCUAUGCUGGAUGCGGCCGUCGCGGAAGGCAUGUCGACGACGAUGUUGUACAACCUCGCGAGGACAUACGAGGAGCAGGGCGACGAAUUCAUGGCGAAGGAAGCUUAUGACAAGCUUCUGGAUAGGCAUCCGGAGUAUGUCGAUGCCAAGAUUCGUCUUGCACAGAUGUUGUCUAAUCUCAACCGUAAUAACGAAGCACAUGAGCUUCUCAAGCAAGCCCUUACCUCGCAGAAUAGUAACCUGAACCUCCGCGCAUUCUACACAUACUUCCUCAUUCAAUCGAAUCUCCCGAGGCCGGCGAAGGACAUUGUCUUCUCCACGUUAAAGGACCACGACAAGCAUGAUCUCUAUUCUCUCUGUGCUGCCGGGUGGAUCCAGUAUCACCAGGCACGAGAGAGCCGUGAUGUCUCGCAGCCGGGUAUCGAUGAGCGGAAACGGGGUUUUCAGCGAUCUGCCGAGUUUUACGAGAAGGCGUUGCACCUUGACCCUACGUGCGCUGUGGCCGCACAGGGACUUGCGAUUGUGACUGCCGAAGACGUGCUGGGCAUGUUUGAUGGUACCACGGGGCUGAUCGCGCCAGAUGAUGCGCGGAGACGCGGGAAGAAUGCGCGCGAUGCUCUGGAUGUUUUCGCAAAAGUCAGGGAAUCAUUGAACGACGGCAGUGUCUACGUCAAUAUGGGCCAUUGUUACUAUGCGCGUGAUGAGUUUGACCGGGCAAUUGAGAGCUACGAGACUGCGUCAAGGCGCUAUUACGGUGGCCACAACGUUCCUACCUUGCUAUAUCUAUGCAGGUCAUGGUAUUCAAAGGCUAGCAAGGACCAGUCCUUCAGCGCGAUGAACACAGCAUUGCAGUAUGCACAGAAGGCAUACCAUCUACACCCGUUUGACAAAGCCAUCCUAUACAACAUUGCAACGAUACAACAGAAAGCCGCUGAAAUGCUCCUCACUAUCCCGCCCGCGAAACGUUCCCUAAAGGAAUUGCAGCAUGCCAUCGAACAAGCUAGUCAUGCUCAGAAGCUCUUUGCCUCCUUGGCAGUCGACAAGUCGCCGCAAGUACCUUACAGUCGAGACAUGGCUGAUCAACGGCGAAAAUAUGGAGACAGCAUGUUGCGUAAGUGCGACGACCAUCUGGCCGCGCAGAAACAAUGGGAGGCGGAAGCGCAGGCGAAGCUGGAGGCCGCGCGGCAGAGGAGGCAACAGGAGAAGGAGCAGCAGGAGGCACUGGAGCGUGCACGUAUGGAAGAACUGCGUCAGCAAGCAGAGCAACUCGCGGAGGAACGACGGAAGGCCAGGGAGCAGGCGCUGGAGUGGACGCGGGAAGUCAAGAUGGAAAGCGACGAGGAGCGGGAACGGAAGGCAACGAAGAAGGCGAGUCGCAAGGUGAAGCUCGAAGGAGGAAGUGGGGAUGAGGCGGGAGAGCCUAAGAAGAGGAGGCGAGGCAAGCCGCGGAAGACUGGUGGGGCUGGUGAUGGGGAGGAAGCGCUGUUCAGUGGGGAAGAGGAGGGUGACAAGCCGGCGCGCAAACGGACAAAGAAGCGAGUCGUCCGAGAUGAUGACGAUGAGGAAGAGGAGACCACCGGCGCUCCACGGAGAAAACAGAUAAUCAAGAGUAAAGAGUAUAUUUCCGACUCGGAUGAAGAGAUGUCGUGA